CGGGGCGGAGUCGUCUGCCGCGCCUGCGCAAAGCGUCGCCGCACCCCCACGCCUGCGCGCUCCGCCCGCCCGGCCCCAUCCCCCCAGGUUUUUCGCGUGGGGGAGGGGGCACGUCUCGGCGAGUCACGAUGAUGGCGGCCACCAUCCUGUGGUGAGCUAGCGGAUUCCCUGCUUGUCUCGCCGAGCCCCUUGCGUCUCCUGCACACUCAGUGGCUGGAGCUCGGCGCGUGAGGAAGCACGGCGGCCCGAGCUCGCGGGGAAGGCCGCAGUCGCGGAGGCAGCGGCGCGGUCCAGGGCACGGGCUGGGGGAGAGGCCGCUCCGCUGGGCGAAUGUGACAAGCCCCCACCCCCACCGCCUUCCUCCCCAGAGCGCGAGGAGCGCGGGCGACCCCGGGGCCCCGCCAGGCCACAGACCCCGCCCAGCGGCCAGCACCCGGCGCAAGCCCGGCAGCAGAGCUGCGCGGCGGCACCAUGCAGGUCACCCUGAAGACCCUCCAGCAGCAGACCUUCAAGAUAGACAUCGAUCCCGAGGAGACGGUGAAAGCACUGAAAGAGAAGAUUGAAUCUGAAAAGGGGAAAGAUGCCUUUCCGGUAGCAGGUCAAAAAUUAAUUUAUGCAGGCAAAAUCCUCAAUGAUGAUACUGCUCUCAAAGAAUACAAAAUUGAUGAGAAAAACUUUGUGGUGGUUAUGGUGACCAAACCCAAAGCAGUGUCCACACCAGCACCAGCUACAACUCAGCAGUCAGCUCCUGCCAGCACUACAGCCGUUACUUCCUCUACCGCAACAACUGUGGCUCAGGCUCCAACCCCCGUCCCUGCUUUGGCUCCCACUUCUACACCUGCAUCCAUCACUCCAGCAUCAGCGACAGUGUCUUCUGAACCUGCACCUGCUAGUGCAACUAAACAAGAGAAACCUGCAGAAAAGCCAGCAGAGACACCAGUAGCUACUAGCCCAACAGCAACUGACAGUACAUCGGGAGAUUCUUCUCGAUCAAACCUUUUUGAAGAUGCAACGAGUGCACUUGUGACGGGUCAGUCUUACGAGAAUAUGGUAACUGAGAUCAUGUCAAUGGGCUAUGAACGAGAGCAAGUAAUUGCAGCCCUGAGAGCCAGUUUCAACAACCCUGACAGAGCAGUGGAGUAUCUUUUAAUGGGAAUCCCUGGAGAUAGAGAAAGUCAGGCUGUGGUUGACCCCCCUCAAGCAGCUAGUACUGGGGCUCCUCAGUCUUCAGCAGUGGCUGCAGCUGCAGCAACUACGACAGCAACGACAACAACAACAAGUUCUGGAGGACAUCCACUUGAAUUUUUACGGAAUCAGCCUCAGUUUCAACAGAUGAGACAAAUUAUUCAACAGAAUCCUUCCCUGCUUCCAGCAUUACUACAGCAGAUAGGUCGAGAGAAUCCUCAGUUGCUUCAGCAAAUUAGCCAACACCAGGAGCAUUUUAUUCAGAUGUUAAAUGAACCAGUUCAAGAAGCUGGUGGUCAAGGAGGAGGAGGUGGAGGUGGCAGUGGAGGAAUUGCAGAAGCUGGAAGUGGUCAUAUGAACUACAUUCAAGUAACGCCUCAGGAAAAGGAAGCUAUAGAAAGGUUAAAGGCAUUAGGAUUUCCUGAAGGACUUGUGAUACAAGCAUAUUUUGCUUGUGAGAAGAAUGAGAAUUUGGCUGCCAAUUUUCUUCUACAGCAGAACUUUGAUGAAGAUUGAAAGGGACUUUUUUAUAUCUUACACUUCACACCAGUGCAUUACACUAACUUGUUCACUGGAUUGUCUGGGAUGACUUGGGCUCAUAUCCACAAUACUUGGUAUAAGGUAGUAGAUUGUUGGGGGUGGGGAGGGAGGGAUCUAGGAUAUAGGGCAGGGAUAAAUACAGUGCAUGUCUGCUUCAAUUAGCAGAUGCCGCAACUCCACACAGUGUGUAAAAUAUAUACAACCAAAAAAUCAGCUUUUGCAGGUCUUUAUUUCUUCUGUAAAACAGUAGGUAACUUUUCUUAGGUUUCACUCUUUUUAGUGUACUAGAUCCAGAAACUUAGUGUAAUGCCCUGCUUUAUAUUUCUUUGACUUAACAUUGGUUUCAGAAAGAAUCUUAGCUACCUAGAAUUUACAGUCUCUGUUUCAUGGCAACACUGGAUAAUGGCUUUGUGAAAUUAAAAGAAUUUUUGUAGCGACUGUAAACAGAAAUGCCAAAUUAUCAAAGGUUAAUUGUUGCUGCUUCAAAAAUAAGUAUAAAAUUAAUGUGUAAGGAAGCCCAUUCUUUCAUGUUAAAUACUGGGGGUGGGGGGGAGAAAGGGAACCUUUUCUUAAAAUGAAAAUAAUUACUGCUAUUUUAAAAUUUCUUGAUCAUUGAAUGUGAGACCCUUCUAACAUGAUUUGAGAAGCUGUACAAGUAUAGGCAGAGUUAUUUUCCUGUUUACAUUUUUUUUGUUUGUUUUGGGGAAAAAUUGGUAGGUGUCUAAUUACUGUUUACUUCAUUGUUAUAUUGCAGUAAAAGUUUUAAAACAACCAUUGCAUGUUUGCUUUUGAUGUAUCCCUUUGUGAAAUUAGCACUUUUGGGGCCAAUGGAGAAAUGCAGCAUUCACUCUCCCUGUCUUUUCCCCUUCCCUCAGCAGAAAUGUGUUUAUCAGCAAGUCGUGAGUCAAACUGCUGCCUUUUUUAAAACCCACAAAAUGCUGAUUCAGUUCAAAAUUAAUGCAAAUGUUUCAAAACUGGGUUUCUGAUAUUUGUAAAUGUGUUUCUUUAUUAGAUAAGAGUGUAUUACCAUUAAAGUCAUUAGUAUAAUAUCGCUUUCAAAAAGAGAUGGUAGAGAAAACUAUAGUCCAGCAUCUUUUAUUGCAUUGGAAAGACUGGCAAAAUCUUUUGGAAGAGUUGGGAGAUGUGGCUGGAAAGUACUUUGGAAAAUAUACAAUCAAGAUAUCUCAUGGCAUAUUAAAAGAAAAAUCUUAAUAGCAGUGUUGGCUUUUAUUUGGAUUUUUUCAUCUCAGUUUUUCCUUUGGAAUCUCCUUCAUUGGCAUUGUUAUUUGAUCAUAAACGGGGCAGAUGUGUACUUGUUCAGUUUUUCAAAUCUGUUUUCCUGAGUAUAAAUAAGAGUAUUUAAAGAAAUAA